AUGGACUCUCUAAACGAGGGUGAACUCAUGGAGGCGGCCUCGACCCUCGGAGCCACACACGUGGAGCAGCUUGCCACGCUACACAACGCUCUGCUCACCGAGACCGAAGCCGAACUCACGCGCUCUACUCAUAUCGAGACACAGCGCCAUGCUAACCACGUCGUAGACGCAUUCGUAUGGCCCGAAGACGCCUGCAAUUCCAUGAUCAACGAAACCAUCUUCGACCUUCACGACUCAUACGUCAAAAUCCGCGACGAAGACGACCUGAGCUGCGCCAUUUGCAGAGACGCUUACAGAGGAAAUGAUGAAAUGGCCGUGUUGCCUUGCAAGCAUCGCUUUCACAUGAAAUGCAUCGACACGUGGUUUAUCAGCAACCUCGACUGUCCGUGCUGUCGAAUGAAAUUCGGAUGGCAAACCCUCGAAUUGACGGAAGUGGAGAGUAGAGCUUGGACUGGCAAUCGGCCUGUGAUGAACGGCAACGGGUCGAAUGUGCAGUUAUGA